AUGAAAAGUCAUGGCCACUCUUAUCCUUCCAACCUAAUGCAACUUGUGACCGCUGUGAGAAGUGAAGUUCUAAAUCAAUCUAAUGGAAACAGUUCAAAACCAGAAGCCAAAAUUAUAGUUGAACAGAUUUUGGCGGAAAAUUUAGCAAACGAAGCAAAACUUACUGAAAGGAUUGUAAAUGAAAUUCUCAAUAAUCGUUGUGCUGCAGCAGAGGAGCUCAUACUUCAAACAUCUAACAACACCAAGAUUAUUCCAAAUAUUGUUCAAAGAGUGUACGGUGAUAGUGAUUUAGGGAAAAAAGUUGACUUCGUGAGUCUACGUUUUGACGGUGACUUAGAGAAAAAAACUGAUUUAAUUCUGAAAUGUGUUACAGCCUUCAACAGGAUUGACGUCAGUUUCCUUGUACUCAAGUCGUUGCGAAAUGAAAUUGAAACUUAUGGUCAUUCCAAUCCUCACAACCUUAUGCAACUUGUGAAUUCUCUGCAAAAGGAAGUUCUCAGCCAAUCUAAAAAUAGCUAUUCAAAACCAGGUGCCAUCAAUUUAGUUGAUGAAAUAUUAUUCGAUAUCGGUGAGAAAAUCCUGAAAAUUCUUAAAACUGCUAUGCUUGCCAAUUACUAUCGAGAAAAUUUAGAAGUUAAAAAUCUAGCAGAAAUAAUUUAUAGCUUUAAUAUAAAUCUUUCCGACAGAAUUAUGAAACUGCUGGUUAAUGAGACUUUCGGUCAAAUGUCAUCAGUGGAAAUGGCCGAUAACAUUUAUCACAUUUAUCAUGGGAGUUUGAUAAUUCCACAAAUCGUCACGGGACUUCUAGCCUUAUUCGAACGGCAUGAGAUAACCAAGGACAUGAACAACGAGGCUCUUAUACGAAUCGCUAAGUACAUCAAAUUGCUCAGAAACAUGAGCAAUUACCAUCGGUUAUCGAAGAAGAAAAAAAUCGCUGUAAACAGUCUCAUAAAUAGAUUACCAAUUUGCGCUAAAAAUUUAUUCUUCGCAGAAGAAAUUUGUAUUUGGAAUCGGAACAAGCAAGAAUAUUUAUAUGCUUCGGAUUCUCAAUUCUACUUCAGUCGAAGAAGUGUUUUUGCAAAUUCUAUAGAUAAGAUGGAAGACGAUGCCAUUUGGAAGGUUGAAGCUGAAGAUCAUCUACGGGAAAUUCUAACAGCAUCAUUUGCUGGACAGGGCUUACUGGCUUUCUACAAAAAACAUAAUAAACUGGAAAAAGAAAACAGAAAAAUUCUUGUGAAUACCAUCGUUGAGUUUUUUUAUGACUCCACAAAAGAUAUAUAUAAUGCCCCAGGAUCGAAACAUUUAGACAAAAUAGCCGAUCAAAUAGUUGAAUUAUUCCCAACCGAAAAGAAGGAUAUUUACUUCAUUGCAAGACAGCCGCACGAAAAACCAAAUCCAAGCGGGCUUCUGUUCAACAGGUUUAAUAAUAUUAACCGGAACAAACGAAAGCGUCCGGUAGACCAAACAUUGGAUACAAAAAUUUUAAAAGUUGACACAGAAGAAUUUAAACCUGAGAUUCAAAAUGUUUCAUUAAAAAAUAAAAUGAAAAUAAUGCAAAAUUAUGAGGACGAAGCACUCGAAUAUUGGAAGAAAACGUACGCUUACCGGCGCUCAGAAAUAUUAAAACUCAAGAAUAUAUCUGAGAUAUUUGAGGAAUACCCCUUUUUUAAGCAGGCCGGGGGAGAAAAAUUUAUUGACUUUGACUUCGAAACUUUGUAUCCAUCCCAUCAGUUCGACCUCAUAAAUAUUUGGAGUGAGAUUGAAAAAUCUCUAAAUACGUUCUACGGAAAACACAUUAAGGACAAGCAGUAUAAAUUAUUAUAUGAAAAAUUAUCUUUCAAAGAUAUUGAUAAAAACUCCAAGGAUUGCAUUAUGGUUAUGCUGUUGAACACCGUCUUAAAGCCGACGUUCGACGUCGCGACGUCGAGAAUUACAAUAAAAAAUCAGGCAAGUACAUCCGUUAAAAAAACAACUAUCAGUGAUGCAAUAAAUAGUUGCAUAGUGCAUAUUCAUACACUCAAUGACCUACAAAGAACACGCGAGGAAAAACUUAAAUUUUAUAUGGAAACAAAAGGGACAAUCCAACCAUAUAUGAUCGUAAUUGGUGAGGAUAUAACUAAGUUGGCUGAGUUUUAUGUAGUAAUUGGAGAAUCAAUUUUAAAAUUUACAUCUUUUAUUGCUGCUUUCGACAUUUGCUUUAAGGCGUUUCACGUUUUUGAAUUGUGCUAUCCAAAGGAGUCUCAGUUGCUUUGGCUUUUUGUUCAAAAAUUUAUUUUUAAAAUUAAAACAGUUCAUGAUUUUAAAAGUUCAGUAUUAAGUGAAUUUUUAGAAACCUUUAAAAAUUAUUAAAAUGUUAUGUUUCAAAUGUCUAUUUGAUUUCGAGACGUUGGCAGGCCUUGUUACACAUUUUAGAUUAAUUCAUGGGUUAAAUUCAACAGAUAUUUAUUCAUGUAUAUAUGACAAUUGCAAUCAAUUAUUUUCAAACUUAUCAGCUUUUAAAAAACAUACAAAAACAAUUCAUUUAAAAAUUAAAAAUCCAGUUAAACUCCCAACUUUAAAUUCAAUCAAUCAUUCUCAUUAUGUUUUAGAAACCGUAGAAGGCAAUAGUGAGCCAAUAAUUGCACCGUCAACAUCAUCUGUGCAAUCUCACAUAAGCUUUUCUCCAAUUAUUCCUGAGUAUUCAUCUCUUAAAAAAUCAAUAUCUUCUUGCUGUGAAGAAU